AUGGAGAGCCUGCUGGAGAACCCGGUGCGCGCCGUGCUCUACCUGAAGGAGCUCACCGCCAUCGUCCAGAACCAGCAGAGCCUCAUCCACACCCAGCGCCAGCGCAUCGACGAGCUGGAGAAGCGCCUGGACGAGCUGAGCACCGAGAACCGCAGCCUCCGCGGGCAGUACACACUCCCGGUGGAAGCCCAGCCGCCGCUGCAGCCGAGGGUUCCCCCUGCCUCCUCGCCUGGCCGAGCUCCGCCCCAGGGCCAGCAGCAGCAGCCGGCGGCGGCGGCUGAGCAGGAGGACUUUCAGCACCACCAACAGCUCCCGGCGCUGCAGCCGCCGCGGCAGCCGCCGCCGCCUCCCAGCAGUAGUAAGCCGGCUCAGGCCGGCCCCAGCGGCACCCGGACGCCGAUCUCGCACCAGCACCCUCCCCUCCAGCCCCACCAGCACCACCACGAGGACGGCCGGGAAAAGGGCUGUUGCCCUGCCCUCCUUCAGCACAAAAGCCCCCCGGCCCUCGGCAAAGGCGUCUUAGUCAGGAGACUAGAGAAUGAGACUGUUUUACACCAAUUCUGCUGCCCGGCUGCUGAUGCAGAGCAAAAGCCUUCAUCUGCAGACUCUUCAUCAAGGCAAACAGUUGGAGGCUUGGAAGAAAGCAUUCUCUCUUAUGGAGCGUUAGCAGCUGGCAGGUCCGACACCUUGAAGUUAAAAGCCCAGCAUGAGCAGCUGCAGGAAGAGCAGGCAGCGGGGUCCUCCCUUUUGGUGCAGAAGGCGAGCCUCCACCACACAGGUUCCCCUGUGAGAGGGCAGCACAGCAAAGGGGCAGCUACAUGUUCUCAUGCGGCUGCAUCCAAUUAUGAGCUCUCCCUUGACUUAAAGAAUAAACAGAUCGAAAUGCUAGAGCACAAAUAUGGGGGCCAUUUGGUCUCCCGGAGAGCAGCCUGCACAAUUCAGACUGCCUUCCGCCAGUACCAGCUCAGCAAAAACUUUGAGAAGAUUCGAAACUCUCUACUGGAGAGCCGCAUGCCCCGGCGGAUUUCCUUGAGGAAACUUCGAGUCCAGAACUCAGAAAAUUUAUCUGCUGAGAAAGCUCUAGUAGAAGGCUAUAACUUUGUUGGCAUCCCCUUGGUAAGGUCUCCUUCUUUGCCAGUAACUAUCAGUGGGGCACUGACUGAACUGGAGGACUCCUUCACUGAGCAAGUGCAAUCUUUGGCCAAAUCUAUUGAUGAUGCACUCAGCACAUGGAGCCUGAAAACGAUGUGUUCCCUUCAAGAUGGCAGUUCCUAUCAGAUAAGAGAGACCUUCAGUACGAGCUCCAUGAAACCAAACCAAGACUUGGACAUGGAACUGAAAGACCAAGAGAAGGAGGAAGGGAUGCUUUCAGACACAGUACCAAAGAGCAGCAGCACACUCAUGAUGGCCUUCAGAGACGUCACUGUCCAGAUAGACAACAAGAAUAUCUCUGUCUCCUCAUCUACCUCGGUGUCUAUGGCAAACUGUCUGGCUAACAGUAGCCAGGCUGGGAUUUCUCCAGCUGCCAAAAUAGAAGAAAUCCCAGUGGAAGGGGAGAAAGAGGAUAAAGACCCUCACAUUGUUUCAGAAGGGCAGUCUGAUGCUGGAGCCCUCCAGAAUAGUCACCCAGUAACCGAGGGGAAUAUCAACACCAAUGGUUUGGGGAAAGGGGAGGCUGAGCAAGACCAAAUGAUGAUGCCCAAACUUGACUUUGGCUCUGACAAUGGGGCUGAGCAGCACAAAGGAUCAGAAGCUGAAAUUGUAGAUAAUUUGGAACAACUGAGCAGUAGCAGCACCUCCACCUCGGCUAAGUCUGCUUCAGAGUUAUCCUCAAAGGAAGCUCUGCAGGCCAUGAUUCUGAGCCUGCCACGGUACCACUGUGAGAAUCCUGCCAUCUGCAAAUCCCCUACCCUUUCUACAGACACCAUGAGGAAGCGGUUGUACCGCAUUGGGCUGAAUCUCUUUAACAUAAAUCCAGACAAGGGGAUCCAAUUCCUGAUCUCUCGAGGCUUCAUACCAGACACACCAAUUGGAGUGGCCCAUUUCCUGUUGCAACGCAAGGGGCUCAGCCGACAAAUGAUUGGGGAGUUUCUGGGAAACAGCAAGAAACAAUUCAACCGGGAUGUGCUGGACUGUGUAGUGGAUGAGAUGGACUUCUCUGGCAUGGAGCUUGAUGAAGCUUUGCGUAAAUUUCAAGCCCAUAUCCGAGUGCAGGGAGAAGCUCAGAAAGUGGAACGACUAAUUGAAGCCUUCAGCCAGCGGUACUGCAUGUGUAAUCCAGAUGUAGUCCAGCAGUUCCAUAAUCCAGAUACCAUUUUCAUAUUGGCUUUUGCCAUCAUCCUUCUUAAUACGGAUAUGUACAGCCCUAACAUUAAACCUGACAGGAAGAUGAUGCUGGAGGACUUCAUUCGGAACCUGAGAGGAGUAGAUGAUGGAGCUGAUAUUCCCCGGGACUUGGUGGUGGGAAUUUAUGAAAGGAUUCAGCAGAGAGAGCUCAAAUCCAAUGAGGACCAUGUAACCUAUGUCACCAAAGUAGAAAAAUCGAUUGUUGGGAUGAAAACGGUGCUGUCUGUGCCACAUCGCCGGUUGGUCUGUUGCAGCCGCCUUUAUGAGGUGACAGACGUGAACAAAGUGCAGAAACACGCUGCCCACCAGAGAGAAGUUUUUCUCUUCAACGACCUGCUGGUGAUUCUCAAGCUUUGCCCCAAGAAGAAAAGUUCCUCAACCUACACAUUUUGCAAGUCAGUUGGCCUCUUAGGAAUGCAGUUCCAUCUGUUUGAGAAUGAAUACUACCCCCAUGGUAUCACCUUAGUGAUUCCUGUUUCUGGCUCAGAGAAGAAACAGGUGCUCCAUUUCUGUGCCCUGAAUGCUGAAGAAAUGCAGAAGUUUGUGGAGGACCUCAAAGAAUCCAUAGCAGAGGUGAUGGAGCUAGAACAGAUUCGAAUUGAAUGGGAGCUGGAGAAACAGCAUGGGACAAAGAAUCUUUCCUUAAAGACCAAUGGAGCUCAGAUGGAAAUGCAAUUCAAGCAAGGAUCUCCAGCAGGCAAAAAAGAUUUAGGAGAGAAGGGCCCAGAGAGCACAGUGGAGGUGUCAAUUCACAACAGGCUUCAAACGUACCAGCACAACUCUAUCCCGGGGCUCGAGAGUGGAAUGGAGCCCAGCACACAUCCUAACGUGCCACGGGAAAGGCUGGAGACCGCAUUGGCACCCUCUUACCCUGCCUCAGCGGGGACCCUUGUACAGUGUCAGCAGAUCGUCAAAGUUAUAGUCUUGGACAAGCCGUGCCUCGCUCGCAUGGAGCCGGCCCUCAACCAGACUUUGACACGCUACGUGUCCUCCGAUUCCUGCAGCUCUACCCCCUUGCACUGUCGAGGCGGCGGGUUCCAAGGGACCCCAGUGAAAAUCAUUCAUCAGCCCCCACUUCCACCUCCACCGCCGCCCUACAACCACCCGCACCAGACCUGCCCCCCCAGUUCCUUGCUUCACAGACGCAGACACUCCAGCGGCUCACGCAGUCUAGUGUAGCAGCUCUACCAGCAGUAGCCAAACAGCACAGACCUACCCUGGGACUCUUUUCUGUCUUCAGAAAAUGUCUAGUU